UUGCGCGACUUUCCAGAUUUGACGCCGUAUCUAUCCACAAAUGUAAAGGGUUGCUAAUCUUGGAGCAGCGCCUUCAUCCGGUUGGGCAAGAUCACCGACUCGAAAAGAUGGAGGCCGGACAAGUCAGCUCUGCGGCAACUCGAAGAGCUCUGGUUCUCACAGGCCAUCUCAAAGAGAUCGACAAAGGGUCUUCGUUGGUGGUGCGCCAGCCGUGCCUGGAGUACUCCCCUCCGGAGCUCAAUUCAGGAGAGCCCGCAUUCGAUAUAGAGUUGAUGCAGGGAUUGCUGGACGGACACGAUGCUCAAACCCGCACUUUUAUCUUCAAUCUCAUGUCUGAGAGCGAUUUGUUCGUCUCCAGGAGAGUGGGUCGACGGGUUUUCUUGGGAGCUGAUUACAAUCAACCGAUGGAAGUCCAGAGGGAGCUGACCAUGAAGAGAAUUCAGUAUUUUCUUGACAGGGGUGUGUUUCGUGGAUGGCUUACAGACGAUCGGCCACAGUCCGCGCUCCGUAUGGCUGCUAUGUUCGAGUACAUCGGCCUGUUUGAUCAUUCACUGGCAAUUAAGCUCGGUGUUCACUUCCACUUGUGGGGGGGAUCAGUGAAGUACCUUGGUUCCAAGAGGCAUCACGAUAAGUGGUUGCUGCCAACGGAGGAAUUCUCUGUCAUAGGCUGCUUUGCAAUGACUGAACUCGGGCAUGGAAGCAAUGUCCGAGGGAUUGAAACUAUAACUGUGUACGAUCCAUCAACAAAGGAGUUUGUUAUCAACACUCCAUGCGAGUCUGCUCAGAAAUACUGGAUAGGAGGAGCGGCAAUGCACGCUACUCAUACAGUGGUCUUCUCUCAGCUGCAUAUGAAUGGAAAGAACGAGGGAGUGCACGCAUUUAUUGCUGAAAUAAGGAGUCCGGAUGGGCGAAUUUGUCCAGGUGUGCGUAUUGCCGAUUGUGGCCACAAGAUCGGACUGAACGGGGUGGACAAUGGCCGCAUCUGGUUUGAUAAUAAACGCGUACCUCGUGAAAACUUGCUCAACUCCGUAGCCGAUGUAACACCAGAUGGUCGGUACGUGAGUAAUAUAACAGAUGCAGAUCAGAGGUUUGGUGCUUUCAUGGCUCCUCUAACGUCUGGACGUGUUACCAUUGCUGUCAGUGCUGUUUAUCAAUCAAAGGUUGGCCUUGCAACGGCUUUGCGCUAUGCUCUUUCGAGGCGAGCAUUUGCUCUUUCUCCCAAUGAACCAGAAGUGUUACUUUUGGACUAUCCCAGCCAUCAGCACCGUUUGAUACCUUUACUGGCUAAAUCAUAUGCCAUGAGUUUUGCUGCCUGUGAUUUGAAGCGCAUCUAUUACAACAGAAAACCCGAGCACGCGAAGAUUAUUCACGUACUUUCAAGUGGUUACAAGGCAAUGUUCUCCUGGCACAACCUCAAAACACUGCAGGAAUGUCGUGAAGCCUGUGGCGGACAAGGUUUAAAAUCUGAGAACAAAGUCGGGCAGCUCAAAGCAGAAUACGAUGUGCAACUGACGUUUGAGGGCGACAACAACGUUUUGAUGCAGCAGGUUAGUAAAGCGUUGCUUGGAGAUUUUUUCACGUCGCAAAAGAAGCAACAGCCUAUGAAAGGCCUCGGCUUAGAACAUAUGAAUGGACCACCUCCUACAAUUGGGACCAAUGCCAACGUCAGGGACGUAACGUUUCAGCUCGCUUUGUUUCGGCUUCGCGAAAGAGAUCUGCUAGUAAAACUUGCACAGCAAGUGCGUGAACUCGUGUCCAAAGGAUCAACCAUGGCGAAUGCAACGCUUGCGAGUUAUCAAUUGGCUGAGGACUUGGGACGUGCCUUCUCUGAGCGUUCGGUUUUGGAAAGCAUUCUAAGCGUAGAAAACUCUCUCGCCCCAAGCCCUGAGAAGGUACCAGUGUUUUCAGAACCUUGCGAAAUAACAAGCCAUCCUUUCAAACAGACAAUUCUGGGCUUGUUGCGCUCAUUAUUUGUAGCUACGACAGUGGACGAAGAUCCAGUAUUUCUCAGGCAUGCAUACUUGAGCCCGGAUCAAGCAUUGUCGAUACAAAAAGAAGUUGCGAGCUUGUGUCGCGAGAUCCGACCCUUCAUUCUCAGCUUGGUGGACGCAUUUGGAAUCCCAGCACCGUUUCUUGGGCCCAUAGCGUUUGAUUGGAUCGCAGCGAAUUCCUGGGACCUGGAAGAAGCAAGAAGCUAGAGUAACCUUUUCUCUAUUUCCAUUUGAAAACCAAAGCUAAGAUCUUUCCGCAAAAACUCGUGAUCAUGGUAA